UAUAAACCUAGUACGGAUCGAAAAAAAAAAAGAUGGAUCCAAAGUUAGUGAAGAAAGUAAAGCCGUAUUUGGCUAUAGUUUUCAUGCAGUUUGGGUAUGCUGGUUUUGCCAUUAUUGCAAAGACUGCUCUUGACCAGGGUAUGAGCAAUUACACUCUCUCUAUUUACAGAAAUGCCAUUGCCACUCUCGUUGUUGCCCCCUUUGCCUUGCUUCUUGAGAGGAAAAUCAGACCAAAAAUGACUGUCUCUGUUCUUUGGAAAAUAGCCCUACUUGCCUUCUUGGAGCCAGUAAUAGAUCAGAACUUGUACUACAUGGGAAUGAAACAUACAACAGCCACCUUUUCAACUGCCAUGUGCAAUAUUCUUCCUGCCAUCACCUUUUUAUUAGCCUGGGCUCUAAGGCUCGAAAAAGUGAACGUUAGAAGAGCACACGGAUACGCAAAGAUUUUGGGAACUUUUGCAACGCUUGGCGGUGCAAUGAUUAUGACACUCGUGCAAGGCUCUAUUAUCGGGCUGCCUUGGACGAAAAUCGAACCGAAUUCCGAAUCAGCCGAUGGUGUAGUAAUAACCACCCAAGAUCCAGUCAAAGGUGCUCUCAUGAUCACUGUUGGUUGUUUCUGUUGCUCCAUUUUCUACAUUCUCCAGGCGAUCACGAUGAAAUCGUACGCGGCCCCACUUUCGCUGACCUGUCUGAUAUGCAUGGCCGGAAUGUUGCAAGGGAUUGUGCUAACGCUUGCAGUCGAGAGGGGCAACUUUUCGAUCUGGUCUAUAGGAUGGGAUACGAAACUUUUAGCUUAUACUUACAGCGGUGUAAUCUGUUCUGGAGUUUCGUACUAUGUUUCAGGGAUUGUAAUGAACGAAAAAGGGCCAGUUUUCGUCACUUCAUUUAAUCCUCUGAAUAUGGUUAUUGUUGCAGUCUUGAGCUCUUUCAUUUUUGCCGAGCAAUUGAACAUCGGAAAGGUAAUCGGAGCUACGGUGAUUGUAUUCGGGUUGUAUCUAGUCAUAUGGGGGAAGACGCAAGAUCAGAGAGAAACAGCAAUUAUUGAUCAAGAAACAAAUCAUUCUCCAAACGGCGUCUAGGGGGAAACAAUUUUUUGUCACAUAAUAGCUCUACGAAAAAUAAAAUGAUUUCGAAAAUAUAAAUAAAAGUCGAACGAACAUUAGCCAUGUCGAUAGAGUGAUACUGCUAAUAUCUCUACCAGCAUUUAAAAAAAAACAGUAUGAGUUUUCUAUUUCACUUUACAUGAGUGAAAUAUCAUCUAGUUUA